AUGGAUCCCAUUGUAUCCAAAGUGAAAGAGAAUUUUAUUACUGGUGAAUAUUGGGCACGGAAUAUCAGAGAGCCAGUUGAAUUUGAACAAGCUGUGAAGUCUGCAGUUAAAAACAAAAGGAAUGUGAUAUUUGUUGAAAUUGGUCCAAGAAGAUCUUUGCAGAGGUACAUCACUGAGACUCUGGGAAAUGACUUUACUGUGAUUCCCUCAGUGCAGCCUGAUAAAGAUCACGAGACAAUGCUUGCUGUUGUUUCCAAACUGUUUGAGUUUGGGCUCAGAGUGGACUGGGAAAUGUUAUACAAAGGUUUUGAGACUGAACCAAUUCCCUACCCACGAUACCAGUUUGAUGAUGUGAAGAGUGAUGUCUUCGCUUCACAUUUGCAGUCGAAUGGGCCUACUAGCAACCAUCCAGUAGUUACACAAAUUGGCACAGGCAGUUCAAUGUUCAGCUGUGAUUUAUCCUCUGAAUCUGUGGCCUUCCUGCAGGACCACAAGCACGGUGGGGUUGCCAUCAUUCCUGGUGCAUUUUAUGCAGAGUUGGGUUUAGCAGCUUACAUGGCAUAUGCAAAACCUAAAGUUCCACUAAGUUCCCUGCAGCUCAGUGUAACAUUCCAGAGUCCAUACAUUUUCACCCAGAAGGCCCCAGAAAUAAACAUACAGCUGGAUCAUUCAGAUCAUUUGGAUGAUAACACAUGUAACUUCAAAAUACAGUCUACUUCUGCAGUCUAUGCAUUUGGCACAGUAGAAACAAAACCAGGUAGAAUGCCUGAAGAACAAUUCAUUUCAUUAGACUGUAUUUCCAAAAGAUGCACAUUCCACGUGACUACUGAAGAACUCUACAAACAUCUAAGUCAAACAGGAUUUGAAUAUGGGUCUGUCUUCAGAAAUAAGGCAGAUAUUUUUUGUGGAGAAGAAUUUAGAGAGGUUAUAUCUGUUGUGAAGGUCCCAAAGGAAUUACUGCCUCAAUUACAUGACUAUCAUGUUCACCCUGUGGUCUUGGAUUACGUCAUGCAAAUUGUUCCAGUAACUAUAGUGAAUGAUGUAUCAUCAAGACCUCAAUUUCCUGCACAAAUAGGAAGCCUGACUGUAUUUGAACCAUUGCAAGAGGAGAUGGUUGUAUAUCUGAGAGCAGUACAUGUGGGAGAAGAUGAUUUUGACAUUUGUGGCUGCUUAGCCAACAAACAGGGUAGGGUGUUGGUUGAACUCAGCUAUGUGAAGAUCAGAAUGCUAGGAAGUCGUUCCCAAGUAGUCAAAGAGUACUUCUUCCAUAACAAUCUCAGUAUCAUCUCUGAAGUUGCUCAAUUUGAUACACAGAUGAAGGCACUGGUAUUUUCUGACCAGGUAGGAAUUUCUAAAGCUUUGCAACAGUACUUGGACCCAAAAUCUAGGUAUGUGUCUCCUUCAAAAGCUAACACACUGUUAGAAGAUGGAGUUGAACUCCUUUUGUCAAAACUGAAUAUUUCAAGUGUAAAGAAAAACUUCCAGGAAAUUUUGUUCAUUUGGAGUGAUGCAGAUUUAACCUCUCUCGAAUCAGAGAAGGUCUUGGACAGCAUGGCAGGGUGUUGUGAGGUUUUCAGAAAGAUUGUCAGAUAUCUUAAGACACUUCGUUUUCCAGGUGAUAUCAGAGUAAUAACCUAUAGGUGCUCUGAGACCUUAGUGGACUGCAUCAACCCUGGGUUUGUUCUGUCAGGCAUGACAAGAGCAUGUGCAGCUGAGCUGCCACAACUUUCCUUCCAGAUGAUUGACAUGGGUUCUGCCUCUUUUGAAGACAUCAGAGCUUUGGUUCAGGUCCUCAGGUCUUACCCCUGUCACAAAUAUCCAGAGCUAGUAGUGAAGGAAGGCAAAAUUCUCAAACCUGAAAUCACCCACACACCAUUGCCAACGAUGGCAAUCUCUUCAACAAAUAUCCACAUGUUGCAUGAUCAAGUCUUUAUGUUGCAAACAUCUGACCCACAUAUAAUGACAAAUCUGUCAGCAACACAAGUGGAUAAUUCAGUUGAACUUAAACAAGGAAAAAACAUUGAGCUUCACCUCAAAAAAAUCUGCGUUCAUUCAUCAGACUACUUUCCAGUCAGCAUUUCUGACCUGAAUUAUGGUCAGACAUUGUAUUGGAACAAGCACACAAAUGAAAACCAUAAGCUCUUAGCCCUUGACUUCAGUGGCACUGUCACAGCAGUAGGUAAAGAUGUCAGUAAAUUUAAAGUUGGUGAUCACGUUGUGUCUUGUUACCCGGUGGCUGCCACCACUAAAGUAGUUCUCCCAGCAGCUGUUUGCUGUAAAGCAAAAAGGCUUUCAUUCCUAAAUGAAAUCCCUUGUGUCUCUUAUAUGGUCUUAGCUUGGGAGAUCUUGCACGAGGCUUUACCCAGGGCUAAACAGCAAAGGAAACUGGGUAUUUUCUCCACUGUCCCUGACUCAGCUUUGAUGACUGUUUUAAUUGCUAUUGCAAACAGAUCAGGUUGGAAUGUCAGAGUGAGCAUGCAGGCUGAUCAGCUUUCUGGUGAUUUUAGUGAGGUUGUGGGAGCUGUUCUUCUUCCUCCUUAUAAUGUAAAAACUGCUGAAAUAGCUAGCAGUGUUACAGGCAUCAAAUACAUUGUGUUUGUCUGUGACAACUAGACAGAUUUUCCAUUGAAUUCAACAACAUUUAGUGGUACAAAUGAGGAGGUCUACUACCAUGUCCUCUGCAUGUCGAAAAUAAUGCAGAAAUCCUCUCUGCAAACCCAAAUGCCACAAAUCUACCGUUGGCUGAUAUCUAUGGAUUUGGGCAGAAAGUCGUUGUCUUUGGAUGCAACAGCUGUUCAAAGAGUGAAAUCUCAAGACAUUGAUCUUUUGUCUGUAAAAGAAUCUGAAUCAUACUUCAGAUGCCAGAUCGUACCCAUAAUAGUCCUGAACAGUGAAGCCAAGGACCAGCUGUCUGACAUUCCAGUGAUGCCCAAGCACUGUCUAUUCCAGAAAGAUUCAGUCUAUAUUGUCACCGGUGGUCUAACGGGAUUGGGCUUUGAGACAGUAAAGUUCAUCGCUCAGAAAGGAGGAGGAAAAAUUGUUAUUCUGUCUAGAAGUAAUCCAAACUCUAGGAUGCAACAAGAGAUAAGUCAAGUCAGUAGCCAAUGGGAUUCAGUCAUUAAAUCUCUCCCAUGUGAUGUUUCAAUUUCUGAGCAAGUGGACCAGAUGAUUGUUAAUAU